AUGUCGGCCCUGAUGGGGCUGGGCGCUUGCGGCGUCUCGGUGCUCUUCUUCGGCUCCAUGUUCGUCCCAAUCAAGAAGUUUGAUGCUGGCGAUGGCCUCUUCGUGCAAUGGGUGAUGUCUGGGGCGAUAGUGCUGGUUGGCUGGAUCUGCUGGGGCCUCCGCUCGUUCCCCGGCUUCUACCCGCUAGCCAUCUUCGGUCUGUUCGGCAUGAAGGCGCACCCACCGGCUUCAUCGAUUCUCAACUAUUUGGGGCUCGCGCUGGUGCUCACGGGUGGCUUCCUCUUCUCGCGUGUAAAAGGCAACGCUGAUGAGACGGAAGACGACACGGCUGGCAAACGGAUCACGCUUCAUCUUACGAACGGCGAGUGCGAGAAGCUGAAUGUCGGCGAUGGAUCGGACGAUGAGGAAAGCGGAAAGGAUAAAACGGCCGAAGAUACGACCAUCGAAGGUGUUGAGGCAAAGCGAAAGGCAUCUGGCCGUGGCCUAGGCAUCGUCCUUGCUCUAAUCUCCGGCUGCUUCUACGGGCUGACGUUCGUGCCAGUGAUCUACAUGCAAGACAACCCGGAAAACUUCCCGGGGGCUCCUGUUGACGGGCUGAGCUACGUGUUCUCGCACUAUUUUGGAAUCUUCAUCUCUGGCACUGCACUUUUUCUCGGAUACGCGAUUUUCAAGAAAAACAAGCCAAUAAUCAACCCUGAAAUCACGCUGCCCUCUUUUGCCGGCGGACUGAUGUGGGCCAUCGCGCAAUCAUCGUUCUUCAUCGCGAAUGACAACCUGUCACAGGCUGUCACGUUCCCGAUCAUCACCACCCUGCCCGGCUGCGUCGCGUCGUUGUGGAGCAUUCUGUACUUCAGGGAAAUCAAGGGCCAACGCAACUUGACGACGAUGGCCGUCGCCAUUGCUGUCACCCUGACUGGGGCCAGCCUCGUUGGACUAUCGAAAAUCGUGAACUUA